UAUGCCAAUCUGUCAACAAGCUACAAACUAAGCGGUAAUUUUAGGGAUAUUAAUCUUACUUCACUUGAUCAUUUUAUCCAAGAAAUGGCGUAAAGAGCUGGCUAGAAGCACAGGAUUAUAUUUAGUCGUUAGUUUAGGACAAUGUCGAAUUAAAUCGUCUGUCGGAUAUUGUCAACAAGAGCAACGAUGUUUUGGUGGCGACGGUCGUUGAGGAAGCUUGCCGACCCAUAUCGUUUUGUUCAACUCAUAAUUACGCCGUAACAGCGUUUAAAAUGGGUCAAGACCUUUCUAAACAUAGCAAAGUGUCUGGAAGUUAUGACUCUUUGCACCUCAACAAGCUAAAAAGUCUGCAAUGUAAUCGAGCUACCUCAAAAUUUUCAGAGAAAGAGUUGAACAGUUUGAUAAGAUUAUUCUACAAUCUAGCAGCAUUGUCUCCACAACAUAAUUACAUUGAUAAACCAACAUUUGAACACUACUUCCCACUAGGAGGGAUAUUGGCUAGAAGGUUAUUUGUAGCCUUUGACACAGAUAGAAAUGGUGUUAUUGAUCUUCAAGAAUUUUUAGAUGGUAUGGCAUUAUGUCUUCAAGGGUCAGUGGAUGAGAAGUACAAAAUAGCAUUUGAAAUGUUUGACAUUGACGAAACAAAUGGUGUGGCACCUUGGGAAUUGCAUAUGGUACUAAAAUCUGUUCUUGCGACUACAUCAAGAUUAUUAGAGAAAAGACUCAGUAAAAAAGAGUUAUCUGAAGCAGAAAUGGACUGCUUGGCGCAUCGCAUUGUGCAAGACGCCUUUAAGGAACAAACGCGAGAUAUGAACGGGGAAAGUAAAAUGACUUUAAAAGUGUUCAAGACUUGGGUAGAGAAACAUCCAUUCGUCCUAGACUCGAUAUUUGGCCACAGUUGUCUCAAAGACAAGAACUUGCAGAAGCAGUACGCACGUCUAGGUAGCGAAGAAAACCUUGGUGGUUUGUCAGCGUCAGUGAAAAAACAAACAUGGGUCAGUUCUUCAUGGAAUCAAAAUGAACCUCGCUCUGCAACUAAUACUUCGACAGGCAAUUCCUAUGCCAAAUCAGACUAUUUAUGGAGUCCUGUGUUUGCUAAAAUGAACGCCAAACCUUCCAAACGAUGUAAACUUGCAGCUUGCGUCGUAUAUGAUUCAGUGUUCGUUUACGGUGGGCGUGGUAUAUGCACGUCACUCAAGGAUAUGUGGAGAUAUGAUAUAGGUGAAAAUACGUGGUUUCCUGUGGAAGAACGGGGAGAAAAUCGACCUUCGUACCUUCAGGAACACACCAUGCUAUCUUAUAAGAAUAAUUUAGUUGUUUUUGGAGGCGAGUUCACGUCAUUGAAUGAAACACCACUGUGGUUUUUUGACUUGCAUACGUUCACGUGGUCGAAGCCAUUUGGCGAACAGAAGGGACCUGUAAACCGUCGAGGUCACACGGCUGUCAUUGCUGGCGAUGUAAUGUACGUUUUUGGUGGCUACAUCGACCUUAGAGGCGCCUCAAAAGAACUGUGGAAAUAUGACUUUUCUACAAAUGUUUGGACAAGAGAAACGAUUCAGUCACGAUGGCCAAGCCCGCGGUAUUCCCAUUCAGCGGUAGUAUUUGAUAGAAGUAUGGUGAUAUUUGGUGGGUUGGAGGAUAUGCAGCUAAAAAAUGACAUGUGGCUCUGGAACAUGGCGUCCUGUAAGUGGAGCAGAAUAAAAGGCAAGAACUCUCCUCCUCCACUWUUCGGUCACACUGCAGUCAAGGUCGGCGAUGGUAUGAUUAUUUUUGGUGGAGAAUCGACAGACGGGUCUUUGCACAACACUCUGUGGAGAUUUAACUUUGAUUCUCAAUCAUGGACUACUAUUACACCCAAGGGUAUGAUAUCUCCACCACCUAGAAGYUACCACUCCUUAGUCCAGAUUCCUCAUUUUAUCUUUACGUCUCGACGUCCAACGUCUUCACGUUCCGCCCCGCCUUGCACGCCGGGAUACGACCGUGAACUACCAAGACUUGGAGAAGGAAAUGAACCCGACGAAGUUACCGAACUUGAUAUCGGUAAAACACUGAGCUCGGUGGUAUCUCUCGGCUCUCUCGACUCGACAGCUUUACUCUCGCAAACUGACGAUGAAAUAGUACGAAUUAAAGUGAGUACAACAGGUUCUCUGGAUUCAUUGAUUCCUAACAAAAGUUUACGAGAAGCUGAGAACAUGUCUAUGACAAACCACGACAGAAUAUGUGACGUUAAUGAUGAUGAAACUUUAGGUAGUGAAGAAAACACAACAUUAAAACAYARUCAUUCGUGUACAAAGCCUAAAUCAGCUUCUAUAAAAAAGACGAACAAUUUAUUAAAGCCCACCUAUGGUGUGAUAUCACUACGGGAACAGCUCAAACCACAGAGUACGAAUUAUUUGUCACMMUCAACUAAAGCGACUUUUUGUCGYUCCACUCUCGACGAGGAUGCAAUGCAGUCAGCGAUAGUUAAUUUGAUGGUACUUGGAGGGACGUCMAAGAGGGGGAUAGAGAGUGUUGACCGAUGGAUCGAUAUGUGGAAAUGUCAAAUUGAUCCAGAGAAACAARGCUCCGGUGUUAAGCGUAUUGAAGUUGAAUGUACCGAGCCUUCCCAAUACAGCAGCACAAAGUCUUAUGACAGCACAGUGGCAUAUGUGAACUUUAACAUAACAGACAAUKCAAUUGAUAAUGAGUAUUACGAUGACAGCGACGAGAAUGGUGACACAACUAUCAAAGCUGAAUGUGUAUUGAUGGAUAUGUUAGACGGAGACACAGACACACUUGAUAAGACAUUAGGYGAUCAAACCGCUGUCCAUAGUAAUUCCAUGACUACGGUCUCAAUAUAAUUGAUCUAAAAAGAGUCAUUUGUGGAGCAAAUGUUUCAGAAAAUAUCAGAAUUUAUUUGUAUAAAUAUGUGUUCAAAUGUAUUCAAAGUUUUAUAUAUAUAAUGUGUUUAUAUAAAUAUCAGAGUUAUUUGAUGAGAAUGUUAAGUUUAUAUAUUUUAUUUUGAAAUCUUCACAGUGUCUAUAUAUGCAAAUGUUAUUAAUUCUGUUCAAAUAUACUUUAAUAAAGAAAUGAAAAUUCA